ACGAGAAGACACGUGUACAGAGGAGCAGGAAGUAAAUACGGCGCACUGUUCGACUGUUCGGCGCCAUGCUCGCACACUACAGUCCUUUGCUGCAGGCUCUGCUGGGGACGCUGUUCACGUGGGGACUGACGGCGGCGGGGGCCGCGCUCGUCUUCGUCUUCUCCGGCACGCAGAAGAGGAUUUUGGAUGGGAGCCUGGGCUUUGCAGCAGGGGUGAUGUUGGCAGCCUCUUACUGGUCCCUGCUGGCACCCGCUAUAGAGAUGGCAGAGGAAUCCGGCCGGUACGGGGCGUGGGCAUUUCUCCCGGUCGCCGUCGGUUUCGCGCUGGGCGCGGCGUUCGUGUACUUCGCCGACGUGAUGCUGCCCUUCUUGGGUGUCGGCGCGGACGGCCACUUGGCCUUGGCCCUCUCUUCAGACGCCAGACCAGCCAAGGAGAAAGCGGAGGACCCGGCGACACCGUGGGCGGCAGCGGACGAGCUGUCGGUCAGGAUAGGUAGAGGAGGAACUCACUCAGACAGAAUCGAGAACGGCGACGUUCACCAGAGGAGAAAGGUCACCCACACUGACCGUACUGAAGGUCACGACCUUGCUGGUAGAGCUCUAGGUGAAAGCAGUUCCUCGGCCAGCAGCUGGAGACGGAUCGUGCUGCUCAUCCUGGCCAUCACCAUCCACAACAUCCCCGAGGGCCUGGCUGUCGGCGUGGGCUUCGGAGCUGUCGGUAAAACGCCUUCAGCUACGUUCGAGAGCGCCAGGAACCUGGCCAUAGGCAUCGGAAUCCAGAAUUUCCCAGAAGGCCUUGCGGUGAGUCUGCCACUCAGAGGUUCCGGGGUGUCCACAUGGUGGGCCUUCUGGUACGGGCAGCUCAGCGGGAUGGUGGAGCCGUUGGCAGGAGUGCUGGGCGCCGUCGCCGUGACGCUAGCCGAGCCGCUGCUACCCUACGCUCUGGCCUUCGCCGCCGGCGCCAUGGUUUACGUCGUCGUGGAUGACAUCAUACCCGAAGCUCAAGUCAGUGGGAACGGGAAGCUGGCGUCCUGGACCUCCAUCCUGGGUUUCAUCGUGAUGAUGUCGCUGGACGUGGGUCUGGGUUGAAGGUUCUGAGCGGCGACUCUGAUGGGACGUCCAGACUCUCGUCUCUGCACUCUGACGGGGGAAACGUUUACAUCUAAAUAAAAUCAGGGUUCAUCAGGUGGUGGAUCAGAGGGUCGUUUAUCUUUUAUUAUUUUUAUUUUUCUGUUUCAAGUUUGACCAUAAAAAAGCGUCACGUUUGUGUAUGAGGGACCAAAUACUUGAAUAAAUAAUUCACUUUAAUGAGAGGUGAUGAUGUGUGUGUGUGUGUGUGUGUGUGUGUGUGUGUGUGUGUGUGUGUGUAACUGGGUGUUUGUGUGACUGUGUGUGUGUUUAUGCCUAUGUGUGGAUGUUUGUGUGUGUAAAUGAAUAAGUGCGUGUAUGUGUGUGCGCGUGUGUUUGAAUGAAUGUGUAUGUGUGAUUGUGUAUGUGUGUGUGUGUGUGUGUGUGCUUAUGGUGUGGAAUGAAUGUGUGUGUCUGAUCGUGUGUGUGUUAAAUUAAUGGGUGUGUGUCUUUGUGCAUGUGAGUGUGUGUUAGAAAGAAUGUGUGUGUGUGUGUGUGUGUGUGUAUUUGAAUGAAUGAAUGUGUGUGUGUGUGUGUGUGUGUGUGUUUGAAUGAAUGUGUGUUUGUGCUUGUGUGUGUAUGCAUACGUGUGAAAAGUGAGUGUGUGUAUGCCUGUGUGUGUCUGUGAUUGCGUGUGUGUGUGUGUCUGAUAUCCUUGAUGAAUUGAUAAUGAAGCUGAUCGAUUCCUCCUGUAAUGACUGGAUUUAAUAAAUCAUUUUUAUUAUGAUCAUGA